CUGGGAGCAGUGCUGUGUGCCGGCAGAAACCGACAGCCCGAGGUGCAGGCGCGAUUAGAUUUCCGCAUUUGAAAUAUUUCGAAUUCGACGUGCGAGUGGAAGCGUUUGUGCCUCUGGUACGGACGCGCAGAGCUUUUUAAUAAUCUGCAACUGGAUUCCGUUUACACGCUCUCCCUUAAACGAAGUCACUGUUGCGCCAUUUUAGGCAUCGAGUCCAACAGGAACUGACGUGUCUACGACUAGCUAUUAUCUCCAGUAAGAAACUGAAUCUGUUUUAUUGUUGAUCAUCCUUGUUCAUGGCAAGGCAAAGUUACCAUGGACCAGAUGUCCAGUGACAAUGGGUAUGAGUUGGACAGUCGGCCAAAGGGACCAGUGGGGAAGGAUGAGGCUUUGCGCAUGGAGGCAGAUGCCUUAAAUAAAAUGCAACAUAAACGGAAAUAUACAACAAAACUCCAUCCAUCCCAUGUAAAUGUGCUCCCUAAUUCACAAGUAACCAUAACUCCCAUUAGCCAGCUGGAGAAAGACCUCAUUGUGUUCCCUGACUCAGAACCCAAGAAGGGGGCAGAGAAAGACUUAUUUGGAGACAUCGAUGUGGAGACAUUAACAAAUGAGGAACUGGAGAAGCUGCUCUUGGAUGAUAAUUUUGGUAGGCCAUCGUCUCUGUUAAACCGCAACAUUAGUGCAAACUCAGGUGGACAAGCUUUCAGCCCAUAUACUGCAAAUACGUCCAUGCUUCCCAUUUCAAAGUCCACCGUGCCCAAUCUGACUCAUUUGCAGGGUCCAGUUUUUCCUUUCCAGCAUGUCCACCUCCCUGGCCAACAGAGACCGUUCCUCCCAUAUGUGUCAGUCCAGCCAGUCAAUCCUCAUGUCUUUCAUCAGCCAGUCAUGACCCCAGAAAUGGCUAAACUCUUUGACAAGAUUGCCAGCACUUCAGAAUACUUGAGGAAUGGCAGGUCUUCUGUGAUGGAUGACAACUCAGUUAGUGUUAAAUCCCUGGAGCCUGUACCCCACCCUACUGAUUCCCCCAGCAUAAGCCGCUUUGACUGGUUGGAUCUGGAUCCUCUCAGCAAGCAUCGCGUCGAGGCAGAAGAGAAUCUUGGUGCAUUUCGUGGACCUGUGAUAGUGGAGUCUGUGCCUGCAAACGACCCCUGGGAUGCAGUUUUACGAGAGGAGACCGAGGUUACGAUGAGCAACAGUUCUUCAACGCAGGAAAAAGACAAGUGCACUGUACCUCCUCAAACCAGAAGGGCGUCUACAGGAAUGGCAGUUCCCAAGACCCAUGUGCCUGAAACCUCCUGCCCACGUAAACAAAGUGAACAGGUUACGAAUGAAAGUGGGACUGCACUCAGAAAGUAUGACAUUUUAGAAGAAAAUUGGGGCCAGAACCUAGAAGUCUCAGCAUUCCGUAAAGAGAUUGCAAAACUAAAAUCAAAGUUUUCAUUUGAUGACCCGUCUACCAAUCCAGGAUAUGUUUUGAGUCCAGUGAUCUCUCACAGGGAGUUAGGGGGAGACAACAGUAGCAGUGUGAAAGUUUCCAUUGAAAUUUUGGACUUCCAGCAGCCUGUAACCUUCACUUGCGAUGUGAGUUCACCAGUGGAGCUGCUGAUAAUGCAGGCUCUCUGCUGGGCCCAUGAUGACCUGAGCCAAGUGGACAUCAGCAGCUAUGUCCUGAAGGUUUGUGGCCAGGAGCAGGUCCUACAAAAUAAACACAGUCUGGGCAGCCAUGAGUAUGUGCAGAACUGCAGGAAGUGGGAGACUGAGAUACAGCUGCAACUCCUCACUCACAGCACCAUGAAGAGAGAUCUUGCUCGGACGCAGGAAGAUGAUGAUGCCUCGCCUAUCGACUUGAAGACAUACCUAGGUGAUACUGACAUGCCUUUUAAGAAAACAAUUACAAGAGAGAGCCUUGCUGAACAUUUAGAAGAAUAUCACAACCAAGUCAAUAUCUGUCUCCAGAAAGAGAACACACAAUACAAAGCAGUGGAUCGAAUAAUCCAAGUCGUUAAAAAUCUGUGUUAUUUGCUGGAUGAGGUUGAGACACCAACCAUAACUGAUGCUGUGCGAAAACUGAAGCGUUCAGUCAACCUUACUAAAUCCUGCACAUCAGAGGGUAAUGGCAGAUCAGCAUGUUCAAGUAAUGGUUAUGGAAGCACAGUGGAGGAGCACCUUAGGAUCCUUACAGAUGCACUGUAUGAUUUGGUUAAACUCUACAUGUGCUCAUUCUGCCUGGACUUACCUCCUCAACUGGAUGAAGAGCGCCCAGAAAAGCCGAGAGACAGCCAGGAGGCAUCCAGCGUCACUGAACAUGUACACUUUACACUUUUUGCCAUACAUGGCAUUUCUGCUGCAUGGGUUAGCAGUUAUGAAAAAUAUUAUGUGAUGUGUUCUCUGAUGCACAAUGAUGAGAAUCUUUUGAAGCCUGUCAAGUCCAAGAAAGUUGGAACGUACAAGAGUUUUUACUAUCACAUCAAAUGGGAUGAACUGAUAAAUUUUCCCAUCCCUGUCGCCUCGGUUCCGCUGGAGACUGUUUUAAGCCUCUCUCUCUAUGGAGUUCUCAACCAGAAUUCUAGCAAUUCUCCUGAGUCCAACAAACAGCACAAGGGGCCAGAACUGUUAGGCAAAGUCACCAUGCCUCUCUUUGACUUUAGGCGGGUGUUUGCUAGAGGGUCUAAGCUACUGAGUUUGUGGACAUUCUCCUUGCCUGUAUCUGCAGGAAAAAAUAAAAACCUAGAAGAGAGACUCAUACUGCAGAUAGAUUUACCCAGUCCACAAGUGGAUGUGCUGUACGUAAGUCCACCAGAGAUGGCCUUCCCUAACAUUCAGUCUCUAGAAAUGUCAGAUCCAGACAUUCGGAAGAAGAUAGAGAAACUUUGCACACCAACAUCUUCUUCCAGCAGUUUGACAAAAGGAGACAUGCAGCUACUUUGGGAGCACCGGUACCACUGCUACAAACAUGAGCAGAGUCUGCCCAAGAUCUUAGCCAGCGCACCCAGCUGGGCCUGGAACAGCGUAGCAGAGAUCCACAGUCUUCUACACCACUGGCCCCCAUGCUCUCCUGUCUGUGCCUUAGAGUUGCUAGAUUCAAAAUUUGCAGAUACAGAUGUUCGGGCCAAGGCUGUAAGCUGGAUUGAGGUCUGCAGUGAUGAUGAGCUAACUGACUACUUGCCUCAACUUGUACAGGCUCUGAAGUUUGAAAACCAUCUAAAUAACGCCUUGGUUAUGUUCCUGUUGUCUCGAGCACAAGGAAAUGUCAACGUUGCACACCAACUAUACUGGCUGCUGAGGGACGCAAUACAGGAGCCUGUCUUUGGUCAGCGCUAUAGCCAUGUGCUUGGGGCAUUGCUUUGCAUGUGUGGUUCUGGACUAAGGGUUGAAUUUGAAAAGCAGGCAUGCCUGGUGCAACUGCUGGGAACACUGGCGGAAAAAGUACGUCAGGCCAACAGUUCAAGUCGACAGAUGGUGCUUCAAGAGGGCCUAGAAGGAGUGCAAGUAUUUUUCCAGAAGGACAACUGCAGACUUCCACUUAGUCCCAGUCUAGUGGCCAAGGAACUUAACAUAAAGACCUGCUCCUUUUUCAACUCCAAUGCUGUUCCACUGAAGCUUACUCUGGUCAAUGCAGAUCAGUUGGGAGAAGAAAUUAAUGUCAUGUUUAAGGUGGGAGAGGACAUGAGGCAAGAUAUGCUGGCACUACAGAUGAUUCGGGUUAUGGAUCGGAUCUGGCUACAGGAAGGGCUGGACCUGCGGAUUGUCAACUUCAAAUGUAUCUCGACUGGAAGGGACAAAGGCAUGGUGGAAUUGGUCCCAUCAUCAGAGACGCUCAGGAAGAUUCAGGUGGAGUAUGGAGUAACAGGGUCCUUUAAGGAUAAGCCACUGGCUGAGUGGCUUCGGAAGUACAACCCCGCUGAGGAUGAGUAUGAGAAGGCCUCAGAAAACUUCAUCUAUUCUUGUGCCGGCUGCUGUGUGGCUACAUAUCUGCUUGGCAUCUGUGACCGCCACAAUGACAAUAUCAUGCUUCGCACCACAGGGCACAUGUUUCACAUUGACUUUGGAAAAUUUCUUGGCCAUGCACAGAUGAUUGGGACUUUCAAAAGAGACCGAGCUCCAUUUGUCCUGACUUCUGAUAUGGCUUAUGUCAUCAAUGGGGGUGAGAGACCUUCAAGCCGCUUCCAGCUCUUUGUGGACCUAUGCUCUCAGGCGUAUAAUCUGAUCCGCAAACACUCCAGCCUCUUCCUUAACUUGCUGUCCCUGAUGACACAGUCAGGCUUACCUGAGCUGACUGGAGCCCAGGACCUAAAAUAUGUUCAUGGUGCUUUGCAGCCUCAGAGUACCGAUGCAGAAGCCACCAUUUUCUUUACCAGGUUGAUUGAGUCCAGUCUUGGAAGUGUAGCCACAAAGUUUAAUUUUUUUAUCCACAACCUUGCUCAGCUACGUUUCUCUGGCCUGCCAUCUAAUGAUGAGCCCAUCCUGUCCUUCUCUCCACGCACAUACACACUAAAGCAGGAUGGCCGUAUCAGAGAUGCUUCCAUCUUUUCUUUCCAGAAACGAUACAACCCUGAUAAACACUAUACAUAUGUAGUACGCGUAUUAAGAGAGUUCCAGAGUGAGCCCCAAUUUGUCUUCCGUACCUUUGAUGAGUUCCAAGAGCUGCACAACAAGCUCACCAUAAUAUUUCCUCUAUGGAAGAUUCCAGGGUUCCCCAACAAAGUUGUGCUUGGACGUAAACACAUCAAGGAUGUGGCAUCCAAGAGAAAGGUUGAGCUGAAUAUUUAUGUACAUAGCCUCAUGAAGUGUUCAACAGAGGUCAUUCAGUGCGAUCUUAUCUACACAUUCUUCCAUCCACUUGCUAGAGAUGACAAGACUGAGGCAUUGGAUGGACUCCUGAAAGUCCCAGAGGAGAUGCCAUCAAGUCCCGUUACAGGCCGUGUAGGGGGAGAGGUGAAGUUAUCAGUGUCUUAUCGAAAUGGAACACUCUUCAUUAUGGUUAUGCACAUCAAAGACCUUGUGUCUGAUGAUGGAGCAGACCCCAGUCCAUAUGUUAAAAUGUACCUGCUUCCCGACCCUCAUAAAACCUCAAAGCGCAAAACCAAGGUGUGCAGGAAAACCAGGAACCCCACUUAUAAUGAAAUGUUGGUGUACAGUGGUUACAGCAAGGAGACUCUGAAGCAAAGGCAGCUGCAACUGAAUGUGCUAAGUGCUGAGUAUUUGCGUGAGAACUGCUACUUGGGCGGUAUUACUCUUAGCCUCAAAGACUUUGACCUGAGCCAAGAAACAGUCAAGUGGUACAGGCUUAUAGCAGCCCCCUUUUAAGAUUCUAGGACCAGAUGCUCUCAUCCAAGUCUUAUGAAAAGACAAUGAUAUAUAAAAAUUAAGGUAUAGAUCUAAAAUACAAGUUUAUAUAGAUUUUGCAUUUUGUCCUCUAAACUCCUUUUGAGACCUGUUAUAGAUUUUCAUUUGAAUUAUAUUUUUAUGUACAUUUUGUCAUUAGAGGACCAAAAUUACUCAGAUUUUAUAUUAUAUGUAUAUGGACAUGUAUAAAAACAGAGGAUCAUUGUUACAUCCUACUUUACUACAAAAAAGAAGAAAAAAGAAACCCCAGAAAGCACCAAUAACGUUUUUAAAUGGUUUGAAAACUAAUUUUGAAUGUCUAGACAGGCAAAAUGUUAUAGAUCAUGUGCCAAAUGAAUUAAAACACUUUAUAUGUGGAUAUAGAAGUAAAUUUUUAAUAUCUGGGCAUGGUAUGGCCAGGACAUUUGAUUUAACCUGUUUAUUCUGCUAAUAAGCAAGCUAAAAAUGAAUCAUGAGUUUGGAACAUGUAUUUGUAUAAUUGUUUAUGGGAUAAAAUGUAUAUUCCAAACUAACAAGUCCAGAGUUCCCAGUUUGCUUAUAAGUUCAGGUUAUUGUCUGUGUAAAGUCUGACAUGUCCCUGUGGGUUCCAGCAGGUUCUCUGGUUAUUUAUUAUUAACUGUCUUUCUUAAAUCUAAGCAAAAUACUGUAUAUUGUAAUCUUUUCCCCCACACCCCACAUGUCAAAUUAAAUGUCUUUAAAGAA